UUUCUUACAAAAACACUUCUCCUUAUUUCAACAAGAUUUUGCGCAUUCUAGAUGAUGUCGUUCAAAAAAGAAAAAGGAGGUCCCCGUACAUGCUUUGCCGCUCUGACUCCGCCAGUCACCUACCAUGCGUUACCUCCUUGCCGCUUUCCGCCGUAACCCCCUGCGUCACAAGUGUAUAACACAUCCAAUCCACUGCACUCCUAUCGCGUACUACCGGCCGCAGAAACCCCUACCGGCUCCAUCGCCACCAUCUCCGCCGAAACCCCCCAAAAAGCCGGCGAAUUUCACCCUCCACGGCGAGUCAUGGGAGGACCCAUAUAAUUGGAUGUCCCAACUCAACGACAAGGUUGCGAUGCGUCACAUGGAUGUUUACAUGGAGCAAGAGGAGAAGUACACUGAAGCAGUCAUGUCUGACACCGAACGCCUUCAGUCCAAGCUUCAGUCGGAAAUGGCUUCUCGUAUGGCGAAUGAUCUUUCAACCCCUCCACUUCGGUGGGGCCCUUGGUUGUACUAUAGGCGUGUAGAAGAGGGGAAACAAUAUCCAGUUCUGUGCAGGAGGUUAGCUAGCACAAAUGCAGAGUUCAUAUCUCAUGUAUCUCCCUCAUCCGGGUUUGAUUUUACUUCUGGAAAGAGAAUUGAGCAAAAACUGCUCGAUUACAACCAAGAAGCUGAAAGAUUUGGAGGUUAUGCAUAUGAAGAAUUAUCUGAAAUAUCCCCCGAUCACCGAUAUCUUGCAUACACUAUGUACGAUAAAGAAAAUGAUCUAUUUAAAUUAUCUGUAAGGGACUUGAAUUUGGGCUCUCUGUGUAAUAAGCCUCAAGCUGAUCAUGUAACAAGUUUAGCUUGGGCAAUGAAUGGACAAGCUUUACUCUAUGUUGUUACUGAUCAUCAGAAGCCUUACAGGUUAUAUUGUAGUAUGCUUGGUACAGGCAAAGAUGUGUUGCUUUUCGAAGAGCCUAGUACUAGUGUAAAUAUGCUCAUAAGACAUACAAAGGACUUUCUCUUUGUCACAGUAAACGUGCUUGCAAGCACAUCUUCCAAGGUCUUUCUGAUAGAUGGCUCUGAACCUUUAUCGGGCCUUAAGCUGGUUUGGGAAAGUGAAGGGCUAGCCAAUUGCAUAGUUGAACAUCAUCAUGGUUAUCUUUACAUGUUUACAAAUGCUGCAAAAAAUGGCAAACCUGUUGAUUCUUACUAUCUUUUACGCGCUCCAGUCAAGUAUCCACUAGAUCAAAAAACAUGGGAGAAUGUUUUGGUUGAUGCCUCGGAGGUAAUUGAAGAUGUUGACUUCAGCAGCACGCAUAUGGUGCUUGUAGUGCGAGAGGGACGAACGUAUAAACUUUGUUCUGUUCCUCUGCCUCUGCCGAGUGGCAAGCUAGGGGUUCGACUCCAAGAACUUAAUCCACAGAUUUUGCCUCUCCCGGGAAAUGUAUGCCAAAUUUUACCGGGACCAAAUUAUGACUUUUGUUCAUCUACAAUGCGAUUCACAAUUUUAUCUCCUGUGAUGCCUGAUGCUGUUGUUGAUUACAACUUAUCCACUGGAAGUUGGAAUAUAGUUCAACAACAAAACAUGUUUUAUGAAAGAACAAGAUCACUAUAUGGAUCAGAUUCUUUUAGUGACGAGAUGUCAUCUACCAUAUGCCUCAGUAAAGUAGUUGGUGCUGAAAAUCAUCAUCCAUGGAAUGAUCUCUCUGAGAUUUAUGCAUGUGAACAUUAUGAUGUCACUUCUUAUGAUGGGGUAGCCGUUCCUUUGACAGUUAUAUAUUCUCGAAGCAGGAAAAAGCAAGCACAAAAUCCCGGGUUACUUCAUGGACACGGGGCUUAUGGUGAGAUCCUGGAUAAACGGUGGCGUACUGAAUUGAAGAGCCUGCUUGAUCGUGGUUGGGUUAUCGCAUAUGCUGAUGUCAGGGGUGGAGGUGGCGGGGGUAGAAAGUGGCAUGAAGACGGCAAAUGCUCAAAAAAGGUUAAUUCCAUACAUGAUUAUAUAGCAUGUGCUAAGUAUCUCAUAGAUGCAGAAAUUGUUGAAGACACAAAGCUAGCCGGUUGGGGAUACAGUGCUGGAGGCCUAUUGGUUGCAUCCGCCAUUAAUUCAAACCCAAGCUUAUUUCGUGCUGCCAUUUUGAAGGUUCCAUUUCUGGAUCCGAGCAACACACUCAACUCUCCUAUUUUACCGCUUACACCUGCUGAUUAUGAGGAGUUUGGGUACCCCGGGGACAUUGAAGACUUCCGAGGAAUACGAAAAUAUUCACCUUAUGACAAUAUACAAAAAGAUGCACAUUACCCAGCUGUCUUGGUGACAUCAUCAUUCAAUACCCGGUUUGGAGCAUGGGAAGCAGCAAAGUGGGUUGCUCGGGUGCGUGAAUACGCCAUUUAUGAUCCUAAGCGUCCGGUGCUACUAAAUUUGACGGUUGAGCUAGUUGAGGAAAACAGAUAUCUGCAUUGCAAGGAGUUGGCAUUAGAGCUGGCCUUUCUCAUCAAGAUGAUGGAAUGAAAUAUAAAAUAAAAUCAGCAGCUUCUACCACGAAAUCCCAUUGGAAUUUCAUGAUGGGAUUAUAAUCAAGUCAGCUUCCUUGAUCCAUCUAUAUUUUGUGCCCAAUUUUGUAUUUUCCCUGAGAACUUCUACACAUGAUUUGAUCAAGAGGAAGCAGCUCAGAAGGCAAAAUGCAGGAAGAGCGCUUGCCUUCUAUAUAAGCCCAAACUCCGCUGCCUAUUGAUGCAACAUUGUGUGUGUAAUUGGUAUUGUACCACAUAACGUUUACGAUCCAAACACCUCUCAUGUUUCACCAUGUUUCUUAACUUUCCUGAAGUUAAAAUAUACAUUUAUUUUUGGG